GGGACUCAUCUGUCAGGUUGCGUGAAAACGAGGCUAAACAAAAAUGGCGCGGGAACGUGGAAGAAAAAGGAACCAAGAAAAACAGACUUGGCGAUGCAAUACAGCAUUCUAAAUCACUGCGAGAAUCUUUGGCAAGGACUACAGAAUGUCCGAAUGCUGUAAAGAUCUCUUCACGACACUAGAUAAAUAUGACUUAGACGAACCACAGUUUACCAAGGAAGAUGUGUUAACUGUUGUGGCCUUUAUUUUGUCCUGGCAACAUCGGCAGUGCAGAUGCGUCUUUAGAGAUCAGUUAAAUCUGUCGAGACUCGAGGACCAAUUUCAGAUUUUGCUCAGCUGUGCGAUUGAGGAGAUUUCGCCAGCGGUGAACAAACACAAUGUCGCAGACGCGACCGAGGAUGAGCCAUGGAAUGACAUCGAACGGGAGAAAUUGUUUGUUUGCGUGGGCAAAGUCUUUCAGCUUCACUUCCCCUUUUAUCAAGCACGGCAAAUACCCCUGGUCCGACAGGACAUCACUGCAAAAGACUGCAACAAAUACUGUGACAUGAAUGAUGGUGAGGUGCCAGAGGCCCUGCUGAUCAAUAUCGCAUACUUCUGCGAGAAAGGAGGCCUGUCCGCGAUCCGUACUGCAUUCCAAGACAAAGGGCCAGAUACUCUGUCGCUUGCUGAAGCACAUUUACUUGUUUCCAUGGUGACACAGUUGCGUGUGUGGUUCAGUGUGCAGGCCAUUGUACAGUAUAUCACUCCUCUGAGAGGCCCUGUUAUCAGGUAUUUGUGCAAGCUGUCUGACAAGGAUUUGCGUCAACCUGACGGUAGAACGACCAUGGCCGAUACCAUGUGGAGUGCUGUCAAAGGACCUGUAGAAUCUGGGCCUAUCUUUGACCGGGAUAGUAUGGAUCUUGCGUUCAAGUACUUCACUUCUUCUACGUUAACUAUCAGGCUGGCUGGACUCAACCAAAUUGCUAACCAAGUGCACAUGUUCAUGGACUUAUUCCAAGCAAAUACUGUUGGCGAGAUUGAUAGCAUGUGCGCAGAGUUAUCCCAGUGGCUCCUGGAUAACAACAUUGUGGAGCAUCUCUUUGGCCCCAAUCUUCAUGUAGAGUUGCUAAAGCAGUCUCAGAUUAUCUUGAACUACCUUGCUCAAGAGGGUUGUGUCAGCAACCAACACUUGGACUGCAUCUGGGCUGCUGCACAGCUAAAACAUGCCAGCCGUUAUGUGCAUGAUCUGCUCACGGUCCUAACAAAACACCUGGAUAUGCCGUCCAUCCUUUACCUGCUGGACCAAGUCUCCGCCAUGCAGCCAUCAGCACACACCAAGCAGACUCUGUUCCUGGCUUCCAUACUGCUAAGAAUUAUCUGGAGUGCUGGCCUGUCCACUGCCGGCAAGUCUGUAGGGCCAGCUCAUGUGACCAGCCCUGUUCAUGGACCUCUCCCUGCUGGUGCUGCCUCAGCAGCUGUGACAGCUGCCCUUCAGAGGAAAUUCCGCCGUGGUGACAGCAUGAGUCAGAGCAGUAGUAGAAGUGGAAGUAUCAGUGACAUUAGUUUUGAUGCAGAUCACCGUGACAUGGAGGAGUCGCCCAAGUCUAGGAAAUUUACAAACCUACCCCCUGAUAAUCUAGACCUUGUAGGCAGCAACACACCACCUACCCUCCCCCCAGGAUAUGACAGUCCUGCUGAUGAAUUCCCAAAUUCCAACAAGGCCGAGGAUGCUGACAUUGAUAGCACUAGCUGCACUAACAGCCAUGGCAGCUCCCUCUCAGGGAGGAGGGGUCUGGAGGAUUUCGAAGGGGAUGAUAUUGAAGAUGAGCUGACUCAGCUUAAGGCAGUUGUGGCUUUAAGGAGUAUCCAGAAAGGUGAUAGCCCUAAAAGCUUUGAUUUAAGUUCUGUCUGCGAUGAAGGCAAGACGUUGCUGUGGGAUUUGCUACAAGACAAGAAUGCUAUUCAUCUAGAGGAUGGACUGAUCCAAGAGACUGAAAAGCUACUGUGUCAGCUCAUCUGUUACACUGGGGAGAAGAAGAUAAGAAUGAAGUUCGUUGAAGGCUGCCUAGAUAAUCUAUCAAAUAACAGGUCAACUGUCAUGUCCAUUCAGCUACUGCCCAAGCUACUCAGCUCCUUCCAGCAGUACAUUAACAACAGCUAUGGGCCCCACUGGGUGACAAAGUUUGCUACCACUGAGCUAGGCAUGAUGGAUCUGUUCUUUAAGAACCUUGUGCUGUACAUGGAAGGUGCUCAGGGUCAGAACAAACCGGUCUGCUCUUUGUACACCCACAUGGAAGAAGUUCAAGCACGCCUUCACUUCUUAUCCUCCAUUUAUUCCAGUGAGCUCUCUCCACCAGACUUCAGUCUUAGUGUAGACCAGGUAGAUGCACUGUGGUCCACCCUCAUAGGAGACCCCCAGUGUUGCGAUGAGGCCCUUGAAUGGUUUGUCCAGCAAGUCCAGAGCAAAGAACUACAUGCCCUAGAUCGCAGCGUUCUUAAGUACAUCUUCACAACAAAGCUUCCAUCUCUGACACCCGAGUCAUUUUCAAUGACUGGACUUACAUUACUGCAGCAGUUGUACAAAAUGUUCAAGCACUCAUCUAUUAAAUCUGAUGAUGCUCACAAGGUUUACGGCAUUGACCAAGUGUGGAAUAUUGCCAUCCAGGCAAAGUCAACAGAAGUCAGCAUGUCAGCAAUGAAGUAUCUCAACUCCCUCUAUAUCAAUGCUGAUGGAGGCAGUCUUCAGUAUGAGGAUGAAUUUAUCAGUCGCUGCAUUGACAGCAUUAAAGCUGCGGCUUCUUCUUUAUCCCAGGAAAACCAAGAUGAUAAUCUUCAAAUCAUGGAGCGAGGCAUCUGUCUUCUCAAAACUCACAUAGAGACUUUUAAGCGAAGGUUUGCCUUCCAUCUCCGCCUGUGGUUGCUUGAGGGGCAGGGAAUAACAUGUCACAAGCAGAAACAGCAACGUCCCUCAGAGAAGCAUUUCCCCAUCCGUGUCAUGUGCCAGCCUGCUGGGCUAUCAGACAAGGGUACAUUUGAGAUGCACUCCUCUGACCUUGUGGCCGAGCUCCGCGCAGAGGUGACCCAUUGGUGCAAGCUUCUGCAGGAGAGAAUUCAGCAGGAACAUCAGUCAGGAGACGGAAUGCAGCACGCGCCUCUGUCUCCAUUCUCGCCACAACUGCACCCUCCUUUCAGACUCAUCUCACAGGGCCAUGAGCUCACGCCUGACCUGGACGAGAAGUCACUAGCUGAUGUGGGAUUUAAAGACCUACAGCUGGUGUUUGUAUCUGUGGGUGCCGCAAGGCGUGACCGUUACCACGAUGGGAGCCAAGUCCCCUCAUCUGUUCUACCUGCCCCAUCCUGGGACAACACACCCAUGGUGAUAUUACUACGAGAGCAACACUCAGAGACUCUCUUCUCAUUCUUGGAAAUCUUAGACGAUUUUAACUCUUCUACAAUUGCAAAGCCAAUGGACGAUUCGAGUGCAGUAGAACAAAUGGAGUACCAACCAUUGGCAUCUACUUCGGACUUCCGUUCUGAACUUAGAGCUAAAGAUAGUGAUCUUACGGAGCAAAAAGUGAAAACAUUUCAAGAAAGUCAUGCGGAAUUUUUAUGUCAAUUGAUCUGGGAAUUACUUUGUAUACUUCCUACAAACCACACAGUACUAAAUAGAUUAAAAUUCUUUGGUCACACUUUGGCAUCGGAGAAUGCACCAAAUAAGGUAGACAGUUCAAAACCCGAAGGGGAGCAUUCGUAUGAAGGAUUCUCUGUUCCUUGGGAAAGUAUCUUGGACCCUAAACACCCACACAAGUUAUUAUACUCUCUUCAAGUCAUCCACUUCAUUCACAGGGCAGAGGAUGAUACACAGAACACUUCUGCAAACGAGUCGAGUUCGAGUAGUGAGGAUUCUGACUCGUCUGAGGAAACAACUGAAAAGCCAUCAAAACCAGCCACUGAAAGCUGGGGCUCACAGUUUGUAGAGUUCGGGGGUUUACAGCAUCUCUAUAACAUUCUAAUGUCAGGUCACUUAGAGGCAAAAAAUGGAGCAGCAUGGACUCCAUGGCAACAGGAAUGCUUAGCUUAUUUAUUAAAACUAAUUUGCGAGUUUGGGACGAUAAAAGCUGAAGAUGAAGAAGACGAUGUGUUUGGCGAGACAGAGAGUGAGGAGAGCCGGCAUGUGUACCAGAGGCGAGAUGGCCAGUUCAGGGUGCGGUACAAGAGCACAGACAAGGAGGAGACGAUUUGCAUCAAGUGCCUGUCACAGCACCUGGUUUCAAUGAUCAAGGUUGAGCCGCUUUUGGACAAGCUGUUGUCUGUUUCUCAUCAGUCAACGCUCCAGUAUCACACGGGACCUCACAGGGCGAUCAGGGGAGGCGAAGUUGUACACAAUGCCGUAUCACUUCUGGUCUCUUGGGCUUAUACUGAUGUCCAAGUGAGCAAGGCGCUGAUGGAGCAGAAAAACUUCAAGCCUUGGUUACAGCAGCUUGUCCUUCUAGCCAGGGAGCCCGUGGUUCGGUUUGAAGCAUGCCGUGGCCUAUACCGCCUGAGCCUUAUCAAGGAGAACUCAUGCUUGAUUCAGUUGAUGGAUGCUCUGCUUGACUCUCUCCCACUCGCCCAGUCCCUACAGACCAAGAGUACAAGGCAGAAGAGACAUGAUCCCUGCACAAGGGAGUACUUCUCCAUUCUUUGUCGCUUGGUGGAUGGGCUUCCCUCUCAAGAUGGCAACAAGGGCCAUGAGAUUGAUCUGAACUCUUUGGCCAAGCUCUUGUGCAAGUACAUCUGUAGCAGUAAAGAGAACCUCAAGGAAAGCUCCCACCAUGAGGAGGAGGGACUUAGCGGAAUGCUCAAGCUGUGUACCGCGGUCAUGAGGCACAACCCACCCUUCAAGUUUUCACAGGAAGGCAUGAUAUUUAUUGGCGAGGUGUUCAGCGCCUGCUUAUUUGACCUACCCACUGACUGCUAUGACAAACGUGUUCUACCACUUUGCAAGCUAAAGUCCGCUCGUAGUGCCGCAUAUGACCUUCUCCUGGAGAUGGCCAAAGACUGCAAUGAGAAUUUCUGCGAGCUCCAGAAACUACUUAUGACUCACCAUCGGCCAGGUCUUCCACAGCUGACCACAUCCAAGAAGCAUAGCUAUGGCUGGCACUACUGGCCCAAUGACAAUGAGCGUGCACCGUGUGGUUUGGUGGGAAUUAUCAACCUCGGAGCAACAUGCUACAUGGCGUCCUGUAUACAGCAGCUAUUCCUGAUGCCCCAGGCCCGCUGUUCUAUCCUAAAUGCCAAGAUGACUGGUGACUCAAAGGAUGACUUGUUUCUUCGUGAGCUUCAGAAGAUGUUCUGCUUUCUAAUGAUGAGUGAACGCAAGGCGUACAACCCACGCUCGUUCUGCCGGACCUACACCAUGGACAAGCAGCUGAUUAACACAGGGGAACAGAAAGACAUGACGGAAUUCUUCACCGACCUCAUCAGCAAGCUCGAAGAGAUGUCUCCAUCACUGAGAGACCUUGUGAGAGAGCUCUUCUGUGGCGUGAUAACAAACAAUGUGGUAUCGUUGGAUUGCUCGCAUGUCAGUAAGACAAAGGAGGAAUUCUAUUCAGUCCGGUGCACUGUGGCAGACAUGAAGAACUUAUACGAAUCUCUAGACGAGGUGACGGUCAAGGACACGCUUGACGGUGACAACAUGUACACAUGCUCACAGUGCGGCAAAAAAGUCCGCGCUGAGAAACGGGCGUGCUUCACAGUCCUACCAAGAAUCCUUUGCUUCAACACGAUGCGCUACACGUUUAACAUGGUGACCAUGAUGAAGGAGAAAGUCAACACCCAUUUCUCCUUCCCACUGCAGCUAAAUAUGGCGCCUUACUCAGAGGAGUACCUCAUGGGAGACAAGGUGGACGAAGACGCCGAGAAGGAUCCUAAUUACUGGUACAACCUGAUAGGCGUGGUGGUGCACACUGGGACGGCAGAGGGCGGCCAUUAUUACAGCUUUAUUCGUAAUCGCUCCUACCCACAGCAGGAUAAGUGGUUCCUCUUCAACGAUGCCGAGGUCAAGCCUUUCGACCCUUCACAGAUCGCCGGCGAGUGCUUCGGAGGCGAGAUGACGACUAAAACUUACGACGUCGUGUCGGAAAAGUUCAUGGAUCUCUCAUUUGAGAAGACCCACAGUGCAUAUAUGUUGUUCUAUGAGCGCUGCGACUCCAGCCAACCUGCCGAGUCCCAAGAGCCGGAUGUCUCACUAAGUCCUGACCUUGCUGACUGGAUAUGGAGAGACAACAUUCAGUUUUUGCACGACAAGCAUAUCUUUGAUACCACUUACUUCAACUUCAUGUGGUUCCUGUGUAGCAGUAUUCCGCCUACAUUAGAGAGCACCCAGGAGGUCUUCCUGUCCAACAUGCAGCUGGGUACGUCCUUCUUGCUCGAAACCCUUGUCCACUCCAAGGAGAAACUCCUUCUGAAAAACUGGUCCGACUUGCUGAUCCACCACCUGGAGCAGACUAGCGACACAAGCCAGUGGUUUCUGGAAACUCUGUCUAGCGAUGACUGGUGGUUGCAAAAGUUACUGGUCAAGUGCCCAGUACAGAACAUAAGACAGAUGUUUGCGCGGCUCUGUGCCCAUGCAUUGCAGGCUCUGCGGAUGUUCAACGUCAAGGACGCAGAAGAAGAGUUGACGGCAGACGAAGAUGAGAGAUCCUUGUUUCCUUUCGCAACAAGAUUCAUCAAAGCAAUACUAAAGCUGCUUGAGUACAACGUGACCCGUCUGCACAUCAAGAACCUAUCCGAGUAUUUCUGGCUUAUUCACCAAUUUGCUCUCGCCGGCGAGGAGGAGCGCGAGUUCCUGCUGAGUAUCGAUGCAAUUUCCUUUAUGAUCAGUUUCUACCUGGGAAGCAAAGCUCCAGAGACGGCUCACGAGUCUGCAGCUGGCGAUGAUGAUGAUGCAGAUGAUGAUGAUGACGAGGUUGUUCCUAUUCUUCCGGAAGAUAAAUACCGUUCAAGUUCCCUGGAAAAGAUGAUCUCGGUCAUUGCACUGCUUGUCGAAGAAUCGUGGGAUGAGCGGCACCUAAACCUCUCCGAGAAUGACAUGGAGGCAGUUAUCGGGGCUGAUCAGGGCUUCCCGUUCCUGUUUCAAGCAAUCAAGGACGCCAUCAACCUGCGUCACACGACCAACCUGGUGUUCAGCCUCAGCAGAUACAAUGCCAAACUUGCAGAGAGUAUUGUUUCAAUGUUGAUCACCGCUGUACAAAAACUUCCUCCAGAGCAAUCACAGUCCUUCUUCAAACUUCUGUCCAUGUUGACCGAACUUCAGGGUGUAAGUCCAGCUGGCAUGCCUUCCUUCACAAACCUCACCCUAAGCAAGAUCUGGGAGGCUGCCGAGUACAACGCCAUCUUGUGCAUCGAGUGGCUCACGUGUAUCGUUCCAAAGAAUUCUAUGGCACAUCAAUGGGUUCUGGACAACAUGGAGCAAUGGGUCGAGAAGUACCUCAUCGCUGAUAACAGCCCACGAAUAAGGAAUGCCUCAGCGUAUCUGUUGGUCGCGCUUGUCCCCAGUAAUCACUUCCGCCAGGGUUUCAGGACCAGGAGUUUUACAACCCCGCAUAAGGACGUACAGCUCAGCGAAGAAGCACGUGAAAUCCUCCACACGAUCUAUAACAUGUUGCUUGGUCUUCUUGCAAAAGUCAGACCAUACUGUGACCGCACGAUUCAGGGUACAACUAAGUUGGUCAGUUUUUUCGUCGUCAUGAACUACUGCUUGGUGUCGAAGACGGAGAAAGAAAUGUUCACGCCGUUCUGUGUGGAUCUAUGGCGACUGUUCCACCCACUGAUGUCAGAGCCCAACAUCGCAGUGCAUCACAACAAGCAGGCGCUGUUGAUCUUCUGGUAUCACGUGUGUAUGGAUUGUGAGGUUAAUGUUGCAUUUAUCACGGAUACAACGCAAGUCGCCAACAAUAUCGCCCUGAACUACAUAUUAUCGAGUGAUGAACCGGAAGUGAUUACGUUUAACCGUAACGUACUCCCAGCGUACUAUGGGCUUCUAAGAUUGUGCUGUGAGCACUCGCGGGCAUUCACUCGCCAGCUAGCCGCCCACUCGAACAUGAAGUGGGCGUUUGAGAACCUUACAACACGUGUCAAGCACUACCCACAGGCCAUCGAUGAGCUUUUCGCACUCAUGCGGCUUUUCUCUGGUUACGGCUGCACGGAUCUUUCAAGUGAGGAGCGAAUAGCGGCGGCAAACUUCCGCAAGUGCACCAUCCUUCUGUACCUAAACUGCCUGGACGGCGUGGCCAAUUGGACAACCCUCAUCACGGCUUUCAAGAUUCUGCUCCAGACGGAACAGGACAGACUGAUUGUACUUGUCAGUCAGGGACUCCUCAUCCUUUCAGAUGCGUUUUCCAAUCUCCACAUGAUGUAUCACGAGGCUACAGCGUGUCACGUGACUGGUGACCUGGCAGAGGUUCUGCAGAUUCUCCAUGAUAUACUAGUGUGCUCACAUACCCACAUGGAAAACCCAGAGGUACGCAGCAGUGUGUUGGGCUGGUCAGAAAAGAUGGAUGUCGCACAAAAACUCCUGUCACUGUUGAACUCCUACACACCCAAAGAUGUGCGCACUAUCUGUCUAGAAGUCUUGAAUGCGAUGCUUGUCCAGUACCCUAAUGAGUUUGUAGAAGUUCUGAUACCCAUGAUUCACCUGUGUCAUCGUAAUUGGCACCAUGGCUCACAGCAAGUUAUUCUCGGCCCGUACUUCCCUCGUCGUCACACCAAGGUGAUAGUCAGCAGCAAAUCCCUACCCCGACCAUCCGUCCCUGAACUCAACAUGUUCCUGCACGCGUCCUACCUUGAAACACCUAAGGGCGUGGACGAGGUAUACGACAAGGCCAUACUAGACUACUACCAACCAUAUCAGUUCUUUGCUGACAAGCUGAUCCGUGUAGCGUUCAACCAGAACCGCGUCAGCGAGGCCGUACUUAGCUGCAGUUGCCUGCUGGCUAUCGAAGGAGUGCCUCUGCAUUUUACAUUCUUCAGUAAAUUGUGGAUGGAGGUUUACAACAGCUCAACAGAGCACUCAAAAUGUAAGGAAUGUUUGCAGCAGCUGUGUCAGCGCCAGGAAUUCACCGAGUAUAUCGAGUUGAUUCUCCUUGACGAGCGUGUCUGCUUGCACAUUCCUGAGAUCUACUCCUUCCUUUGCUGCUUCUUUCCUAAGGUCUACAAGCGCGUGCUGCAGAAUCAGUGGAAGAGUCUUUUGCAUCAGCUCGUUACCACGGUAAUCGCUGACAGGUCACUCGUCAAGAAUGUAAAUGAGGCGGAGCUGUCGCAGAUUGCCAAGCGGAUGACUGCGGAUCUUCGCGCCUUAGCCCUGAUGUUUUCAGUGGAGCCCCCGCAGAAAAGUGACGUCAGCAACAUGUUCCAGCCAAGCCUGGACGACAUCCUGGCGGUCUGCAGGAAGUACCAAAACCGGAAACAGGAGCGCUUAAAAGCUCGCCAAGAAAAGAAAACCGAUGACCCCCCUGAGGAAAAACAAGCUGAAGAUGAAGAGCCGCAGAUAAAGCGGCGACGGACAUUAGACUUGGAAGAGGAGUCGGACGCCUCAGAUAAACCUGGGCCUAGUGGGGAAGGAGGAUUGGAUUCUAGAGGUAGUAAGGAACCACAGGAAGCCCCUCGACAAAAGCUCCAUCCUCUACUAGGGCCCAGGCCACCGCCGGAUUGGGUGGACCUGCUAGCGAAGGCAAUACAGACUACGCUAACAAAGUUACCAAAAUCGUAAGGCGUACCAGUAAUUGGGCGGCAUAAUACAGCACACCACAACGCAACAAAUGGGAUUUGCGUGCUCCGGUAUUGAUUGUAAUACAACGCCUGGAAACCUAAGUUCGAAAGCAUCCCCCCCUCAAAAAAAAUAUGAUGCAAUAAUUCUUAAAGUCAAGUGUCUUGCGGACCAGAGGCACUGCGAAGAGGUGUUAUUUUUUAUAUGUAUUUAAGAAGUGCCUAUUCGAAGAGGCACAUUUUUGUCAGACAAGAUUGGUAAGUAUUUAUCGAAUCUAGAGAAAAUUGACGCGAGUUCAAAGAAGUCCAGGAUGUUUUUAUUGGUUAAGUAGAAGAUUGAAUAGCUCUUGUUGGUCUCAAUAAAAUUAUUAUCAGAAGCUCCUGCCCCAAGAGCUUUGAUCAU